GGAAAAAUGUACGUACUUGUACGUAUAUAUAUGGAUGGAUGGUUGAGGUAUGAAUGAAUAAUACUUACUUUGUACUAGCGAGUAGCCUAGUAUGAUGGAGCUGAAAGUGGAAAGAUAUGAGGAGGAGGAGGUGAAGCCGGUUUCCCCAACCCCGGAAUCCUUGCGUACGUAUAAGCUCUGCCUUACUGAUCAACUUAGCAGCACUUUCUAUACGCCCGUCGUCUUCUUCUACGCCGCAAGCUCUCCCCUCCAUGACUACGACCGCCUCAAACUCUCACUCUCCAAGGCCCUCUCCCUCCUUUACCCUCUCGCCGGCAGGCAGAAGGACGAGUUCACCGUCCACUGCAACGACGAGGGCGCCCAAUUCAUCCGCGCAAACGUCACCAAUGCCGACCUCGCCCACCUCCUCCGCCACCCCAAGGUCCACCUCCUCCGCAAGCUCUUCCCGCGCGCUCCCUACCCAACCACUUUCGAUCCUUCCCAGCCCAUCCUAGCUGUUCAGGUGAACCGGUUCCUCUGCGGCGGGACGGCGGUGGCGAUAUGCCUCUGGCACGGUCUCGCCGAUGCCGCAGCCCUAGUCAGCCUCAUCCGGACCUGGGCGGGCUUCAACCGAGGAGAAGCGGCGGCCGCCACCCACGACAGCUUCGCGGUGGACCCCACUGCGAUUUUCCCUCCGAUAAAGUUCGACGUUCAAGCGGCGAUGUCCAGCUUCGCAGAGAUGAGGAGAAAGGCCCGUGGAAACUACAUCGGGAAGCGGCAUGUUUUCUCAAAGCAAGAGGUGGAGCGGAUAAAAGACGAGCUGGUUGUGAGCGGGAGGCGCCCGACUCGGGUGGAGGCGAUGUCGGCGUUCGUGUGGGCCGCCGUGAUCAGGGCAAACGUACUUGCGAACCCGAAGCUGAAGAUGCACAUUCUGACGAACGCGGUGGAGUUGAGAGGGAGGCUGGUCCCGCCGUUGCCUCCGACGUGCCUGGGAAACAUCAACCAGUUGACGGCGGCGAGGUGGGAGGCGGGGGCGGGAGUGACAGCUUUGUCGCUGAUGGGGAGGGUGCGAGAGUCGAUCAGGAGGAUGGAUGACGGGUACGUGAGGAGACUGCAUGAGGGCGGGGGGUACCUGAAAGCAGCAGAGAUUAUAGGGGAGAGGAUGGGAGAGGGCGAUGGGGAUGAGGUGCGGGUAUUGAGCAUGAGCAGCUGGUUCAAGUUUGAGUUCCUGGAGAUGGACUUUGGUUGGGGGAAGCCUCGGUGGCUGGGGCCGGGUCAUAGUUUGGGUGAUCUGGCUCUCUUACUGGACGCGGAAGAUGGGGGGAUUGAACUGUGGAUGGGGUUGCCCAAAGCUGUGGCGUUCCAUCUUCACCGCGACCCUGCCUUCGCUUCACAUGUCACCUUUACUCAAAUUGUUUGGGAACCGCCGCCCCUCCUACCAACUCGCCUCUAAAUUUAAUACGUACUCCCGCGCAUGCAUGCAUGCUUUAAUUUGUUUGCUACCUCCAAACUAUGUUCGGUUAAUAACAUACUCCUACUACGUACGCACGUACCUAUAAUAAAAAAAUGCAAGUAAUUAAUUUACUUGGUGGUGCCUACUGCCCAGCUAGCUUAUUAUGAGAUACUAUCCUCCGUAUCUCAUUAAUUGCAACAUUGGAAUAUAUACACUAUUCGUGUACUUUACUUUGACUACAUUUUAUUUAUUAAUGUAUGCGAAUUAUUUUUUUUGAAAAAUGUUGUUAAAUUCGUU